AUGGCUACUAACAAUGGUGAUAAAUCAAUGUCUCUUCGCGUCGCCGAUUUCAGUCCACUACCAAAACGAAUGCUAGCACCCAUUGAAGGCUAUGAAAAUGCGCCACUUAUAUCAAUUGAAGACGCAGUAGAACCUCUCGUUAGCAUCGUACCACGAGUCAAACGUAAUGUAUACAUCAUCAAACAGAACUGUAAAAACUCAACAGAUGGCUUAACAACUGAUGAGUCUGCUUCGAUUAUGCUCUAUACGUAUGAAUCGAUACCACAUGAAAACUCUCUUUAUGUCAUUCUUAACGAAACAUUACGUUCCGAAGAAAGACAGAAACUAAUUCCUUGGUUUCGGUAUUUACGACUUGUAUUGACAGCACUGGCUCGUCUACCGUCCGACCGACUUUUCAUUAAUAGAGGAAUACGAGGAGACUUACAUGCAGAAUAUCCAGAAGGUAGCACCUUCAUAUGGUGGGGAUUUUCAUCUUGUACCUCAUCCGUUAAGGUGUUAGAAUCUGAAAUGUUUUUGGGCAAAACUGGAACCCGUACUUUAUUUCAAAUCGAUUGUCAUACGGGGAAGAAUAUUAAAAAUCAUUCAUUUAUGUCCAAGGAAGAUGAAAUUCUCUUGCUUCCUGCCAGACAAUUUGAAGUUAAAUCCUGUCUCAAUUCUGGUAAUGGACUCCAUAUAAUACAAAUCAAAGAAAUAGAUCCACAGCAUGCAUUACUUGAACCCAUUCUCGUAUCUCCAAGAAUACCUCUAGGUAAUGAUUUAUUAUGA